GCGUCGAGGAGCGCGAGAUGGAGGAAAACGGGGAAAUUUCAACGAACAGAAGGAACCCUAAAGUCGGGCCAGCAUUUGAGGAAGUGCUGGACUCCAUCGGGUCGAGAGGAAAAUUUCAGACGAGGCUCAAUAUUGUUUUCAACUGCGUCGGCCCAUGUCUCAAUAUGUUGAGUAUAAAUGUUUUCUUUCUAGCAAUGCAGACACCUGAUCACUGGUGCCAUGUUCCUGGCAGGGAACGUGCCAACCUGUCGCUGGAGGAGUGGAAGAAUUUUACAAUUCCGAGGGCAGGCAAUUCGUUCAGCAAGUGCCUGAUGUACAACCAGAGCGAUGGUAUCAAUGGUGUCAACUGGAACAGUUCAGAACCCGUCAAGUGUCAGCAUGGCUGGGAUUACGACGACACGUGGUUCUCUUUGACUGUCCCCUCCCAGAUGAAUUGGGUCUGCGACAACCAGCAGUCCGCCAAUGAUGUCUUGUUCUACGCACAAAACAUCGGAGUGGCUCUGAGCCUGCUAUUCGGAUACAUAGGCGACAUGUAUGGACGGCAGCUCCUGCAGUUCCUCUGCCUGGUUGCCCACAUGAUCAGCAGACUGCUGCUGGUCCUCACACCAGACAUCCUGGUGCUGUUCAUCCUGGCACAGUCCCUUGUAUCAGCAGCGGCCGGACCUAUGCAUGAAUCUGCUUUGUCUGUCGGUUUGGAACUGGCAGACAUCAGACAUCGCACGACCCUGAACUAUUUCUCAAGCUGUGGCUUGGGGGCUGGCGUUAUGGCUACUGGCCUCUUAGGUUGGGGUCUGCGCAACUGGAAUUACUCAAUGUAUUGUACUGCAGCGCUUUUCAUCGCACUGAUUUCAUUUUUCAGGUGGUUCCCGGAGUCACCGCGGUGGUUGGCGUGCAGAGGUCGCGAGGAGGACGCCCUGAGGCUGUUGCGCCGCAUCGCCGCCACCAACGGCGGGCGGCUGCCUCCGUUCGCUCCUAGAGUGAUGCGGACCGUGGCCAAGGCCCAGAGGGACAGGAAGGGCUUCCUCAGUCUCUUCUCCAGCUGGAACGUCUUCAAGAAUACGGUGCUGCUUAUCACUGCAAGAAAAAUUGUAACACAAUUCAAUCUAACGGUUCAUAUGAUAGCUAGAGAUGAAAGUUAUGACCCGGAGGGCAUGAAGAUGACUUACUAUUCACCUCAAACUGUUUACGGCUUCGGGCAGGUCUGCACACGUACUGACGCAGUUCUCGCUGGUGUUGCUGGCUGGUGGUGUGGGCGUGAAUCCCUUCGUGGCUUUAGUGGCGCAGGGCGCGGUCCAGCUGCCCUCUGUCUGCGCCGUCCACGUGUGCGCGGCGCGCUUCGGCCGCCGCUGGACCGGUGUGGGCUGCUCUCUGCUGGCUGGGGUAACAUGCGCGGCCACCGUCUGCACGCUGAGGGGUAA